UUUUCCAAAAGUCAAUGGACUGAAUUUUCUACAAAAAACUUGCAACAGGAAAUUAAAUUUAUUUUGAAUGUACCGAAACCAGUUGUAACAUUCUGUCCAUUUCUUUCGGGAAGAAAGCAGGAAGUGGGCAAUUGCAGAAAUGUGACUUACUUCCUCUUUUUAUUUCAAGUGUAUUAUUUGUGAUGUGAAAUAUGACUGGCAGUUUCACCCCAUCUACAUUGUUUCCAAGAGCUCACACUGUGUGCACGCAUGUGUGUGUGUGUGUGUGUGUGUCUGAGUGUGUGUGUGUGUGUCUGAGUGUUAAGAUCUCCAGCUAGUAAAAAGCUUCAGAGAGAACUGCACUGUGUUUAUUUCCCUUCAGUUGGUUUGUGGGCUUCUGGAUUUUUUUUUUUUACCUCUUUUCUCUGGACUUACCAAGGAAAACAAAUGCAGGACGUCUUUGGGAUCCUGUUGAUGUUCACAGGAGCUGCAUCAGGUUUGCUGUUUCAGGAUCCUGUUGUCUGUAGAUUUACUGAGACUAAGCAGUGUUAUGUGGCUCUGGGACAACAACUGCACCUGAAAAUGCCCCUGGAGGAUUGGCUUCACCUUCAGUUCUUCAGUGAGACAUCUGGCGCUUAUCGAAUUUUAAGAUAUAGAAAAGCCGAUAGUCUCCCACCAAAACCACUUCUCCCAUGGCAGUUUGUUAAUGAUAAUAAAACUCUGAUCCUCAGCAGUGUAGAGAGGAACAACUCUGGAAAAUACACUUUAUUCACCUUUGAUGCAAAAGGGAAUCCUCAAGGCGAAUAUAAUCUCCAGCUGAUCAUUGAAGAAUGUGGCAGGCCUUGACGUUGCUGCUAUCAAUAUCUGUGGCAGCGGGGGCGUGGUCAAGCACCGGUCUGUGACAGGAGGGCGGAGUCAGGGAAGGUAAGUGGCAGAAUCACGACACCUGAGAACAAUUAACCUGUUUGUGUGUGUCUUCCCAGUGACAGCGCCCUAUUUAAGGAGGGAGAGUGAGAGCAGAGGAGGUGAUCUCCGGACUAGGCGCUGGCUGUGUGUGUCUGUCUGUCUAGCCCAUAUAAGAUUGUUCACUGAAAAGUGUGGCAAUAAAGCCAUUUUGCAAACCUGAUCUCUGUCCUGCCGUCCUCAGUGCUCCACCCACACGUAGGGAGUAUUACAGUGGUGCCGAAACCCGGGACGUGGAGCACCAAAUCAGCAGCCCCAUGGAAUCCUCCCCGUUCGCCGAUCUGGUCCACGCCCUCGCCACGGCUCAGCAAAGCCAGCACCAGGCACUCGUCACGCUCCGAAAGGAGCAGGAGCAGCGCUUCGAAGCCCUGGUGCUGGCCCAGCAGGAAGACCGCGAGGCGUUCCGGCAUCUCCUCGCGUCGGCGGGGUCCACCAGCGCUCCGGCCGCGGGCCCGUCUCCCCUCAUCGUCACCAAGAUGGGCCCGCAGGACGACCCCGAGGCGUUCAUCACGUUGUUCGAACAGGUCGCCGAAGCCUCGGGGUGGCCGAUGGAGCAGCGCGCGGCGCGCCUCCUCCCCCUACUCACGGGAGAGGCACAGCUGGCCGCGCUACAGCUCCCCGCCGACCGCCGGCUGGCCUACGCGGACCUCCGCCGGGCCGUCCUCCAGCGCGUGGGGCGCACCCCAGAGCAACAGCGCCAGCGCUUCCGCGCGCUGCGACUGGAGGAAGUUGGCCGGCCGUUCGCGUUUGGCCAGCAGCUCCGGGACGCCUGCUGGCAGUGGCUGAGGGCCAACAAUCGCGACGCCGAGGGAAUCGUCGACCAGGUGGUACUGGAACAGUUCGUCGCCCGCUUACCAGCCGGAACCGCGGAGUGGGUCCAGUGCCACCGCCCGGCGUCGCUGGAUCAGGCAGUCGAGCUGGCGGAGGAUCAUCUGGCGGCUGUCCCGGCGGCAGGACAGCAGAUGGCAUCGUCUCUUCUCUCCUCUUCUCUCUCUCUCUCUCUCUCCCUCUCCUCCUGUGUCCCGUCCUCGCCCCAUUCCCCCACCGCGGAGGCGGGGGCCGGCUCCACCCCAGCCGGCCCGCCGCACCCGCGGUGCCCUCCCGUUUCUCCCUUCUGUGUCUGUCUCUCCCCCACCUCAGGUGAGUGAGCCCCAGAUCACCGGUGCAGAGGGAAAGCCCGGGCCGGUUUGCUGGCGCUGCGGGGAGCCGGGCCACCUUCAUCAGCAGUGCACAGCAAUGGAAGUGGGCGCGGUGGUUCGGAUCCCCGACGCGCCAGAGGCCGCCCUCGAUCGGGCCGGAGCGUAUCGCAUACCGACCGAUGCGUCGGACAGGGGGCUGGGGGCGGUUUUGUCCCAGGAGGUGGAGGGGGAGGACCGCCCUGUCCUGUAUAUCAGCAGGAAGCUGUCGGUGCGUGAGGGGUGCUACAGCACCAUAGAGAAGGAGUGUCUGGCCAUCAAGUGGGCGGUUCUCGCCCUCCGGUACUACCUACUGGGGCGCCCUUUCACCCUCUGUUCGGACCACGCGCCCCUCCAGUGGCUCCACCGCAUGAAAGAUGCCAACGCGCGGAUCACCCGU